CCGGCUCCGCAGGCUGGCGGCGAGCUCGCGGCUUCCGGGAGCGCCCCGAGUCGGCGGAGGAUCUUCCAGCCCGCGGCCGGCGGCGGCGGGGGCGGCCCCGGCACAAGGCGCACCGGUGUCCGCAGGGCCCCGAGUCGCCACAAGGACGCGGGUCCGGCGCGGCGCCGGCUCCUCCUCCUCCUCCUCGGCCGGCGCGCGGCAGCGGAGAGCUUCGGAGCUCGGCGGACGCCCGGGGCCGCGGGGCGGAUGAGCCGCGGCGGCUGAAGGCUCGACCGGCCUCUGCCGGCGCCCGAGCGGGGCCGCGACGCCCAGGGCGCGGGGGUGCGCGGGUGACAUGGGGACGGCCUGACUCGCAGGGCCCGGAGCGUUCUCUCUGGCCGCGGCGGGCCCUCCUCGGCGGCGGCUGCGGGCGCCCGGCCCGGCGCGCUGUGCCGGGGCGCCCGCCGAGCUCCGCCGCGCUCUAUGCGCCUCUGCGGGCGCCGCGGGCCCUGGCCAUGGCGAUAGACCGGCGGCGCGAGGCGGCGGGUAGCGGCUCCGGGCGGCAGCCGGCCCCGGCGGAGGAGAACGGCUCCCUGCCGCCCGGGGACGCGGCGGCCUCGGCGCCCCUCGGUGGGCGCGCGGGCUCCAGCGGCAGCGCGGAGAUCCAGCCCCUGCCCGCGCUGCACCCCAGCGGCGGCCAGCACUCGGGCUGCUGCGCAGCGGCAGCCGCCCCGAGCCUCCUGUUGCUGGACUACGAUGGCUCGGUGCUGCCCUUUCUCGGGGGCCUGGGCGGCGGCUACCAGAAGACCCUGGUGGUGCUCACCUGGAUCCCGGCGCUGUUCAUCGGCUUCAGCCAGUUCUCGGACUCCUUCCUCCUGGACCAGCCCAACUUCUGGUGCCGCGGGGCCGGCAAAGGCACCGAGCUGGCGGGUGCCACUGUCACCGGCCGGUGGGGCGACAUGAGCAACUGGACCAGCCCCCCGGCCACCCCCUUCUCCACUGCCGCCUGGGGGACCACGAGCGACCGGAGCAACAGCAGUGACACGCCACCCCUCCCGUCUCCUCCGGGCAAGGGGAACAACGACUCAAAUUGCGACUGCCACGCGUGGGACUACGGCAUCCGAACUGGCCUUGUCCAAAACGUGGUCAGCAAGUGGGAUCUUGUGUGUGAUAAUGCCUGGAAAGUCCAUAUCGCUAAGUUCUCCUUACUGGUUGGAUUAAUCUUUGGCUACCUAAUAACUGGAUGCAUUGCUGACUGGGUUGGCCGGCGGCCUGUGCUGCUGUUCUCCAUCAUCUUCAUUCUGAUCUUUGGACUGACUGUGGCGCUGUCAGUGAAUGUGACAAUGUUCAGUUCACUCAGGUUCUUUGAAGGAUUUUGCCUGGCUGGAAUCAUCCUCACCUUGUAUGCGUUACGAAUAGAGCUAUGCCCUCCAGGAAAACGGUUCGUGAUUACCAUGGUAGCAAGCUUCGUGGCCAUGGCGGGGCAGUUCCUCAUGCCGGGGCUGGCUGCACUGUGCAGAGAUUGGCAGGUGUUGCAGGCCCUCAUCAUCUGUCCCUUCCUGCUCAUGCUGCUCUACUGGUCGAUUUUCCCUGAGUCUCUCCGAUGGCUAAUGGCUACCCAGCAGUUUGAGUCAGCCAAGAAGUUGAUCCUGUACCUCACCCAGAAGAACUGUGUGAGCCCUGAGAGUGACAUCAAGGGAGUGAUGCCUGAACUAGAAAAAGAACUUUCACGGAGGCCCAAGAAGGUGUGCAUCGUGAAGGUGGUGGGGACGCGGAACCUGUGGAAAAACAUCGUGGUUCUAUGUGUGAACUCGCUGACAGGCUACGGGAUCCACCAUUGCUUUGCCAGAAGCAUGAUGGGCCACGAGGUGAAGGUGCCACUCCUGGAGAACUUCUACGCUGACUAUUACACCAUGGCCAGCAUCGCACUGGCCUCCUGUCUGGCCAUGUGUGUGGUAGUCAGGUUCCUCGGGCGCAGGGGAGGGCUGCUGCUCUUUAUGAUCCUCACCGCCCUGGCCUCACUCCUGCAGCUUGGGCUCCUCAACUUAAUCGGCAAAUACAGCCAGCAUCCAGACUCAGAAUUGCAGCUGAAGUUGGCCGUAGGGAUGAGUGACAGCGUCAAGGACAAGUUCUCCAUCGCCUUUUCCAUCGUGGGCAUGUUUGCAUCCCACGCAGUGGGGAGCCUCAGUGUGUUCUUCUGUGCAGAGAUCACCCCCACAGUGAUAAGGUGUGGUGGGCUGGGGCUGGUGCUGGCCAGCGCAGGCUUUGGCAUGCUGACAGCGCCCAUUAUUGAGCUGCACAACCAGAAAGGCUACUUCCUGCACCACAUCAUCUUCGCCUGCUGCACGCUCAUCUGCAUCAUUUGCAUCCUCCUGCUGCCAGAGAGCAGGGACCAGAACCUGCCCGAGAACAUCGCCAAUGGGGAACACUACACGAGGCAGCCCUUGCUGCCACACAAGAAGGGAGAACAGCCAUUGCUGCUCACCAACGCUGAGCUCAAGGACUACUCGGGCUUGCACGAUGUGGCUGCAGUGGGUGAUGGGCUGCCAGAGGGGGCCACUGCCAAUGGCAUGAAGUCCAUGUAGCUUGCUGGGCCACACCGCCAUUCCACCAGUCCCCUGGGGUGUGAAGGGCUGGGGAAAGUUUGCACACAGGUUUACAGACCAGAGAGAAGAUGUGUGGCUGGGGGAGGAGUCCAACUCUGCUGCUGACUCCACUCAACGGGGAAACCUCCAACUGGUGUGGGGCAAUGAAUUCUGUCUUUCCAGAUAUCCGAGGAACAGAUCUGAACAGCCAGAUGCUUUGGAAAUAACCCUCUGAAAGACUUUCUUUUCUGCCAUUAAAUGUUUAUAUUUAUUUUGGUCAUUUUUACGAGAAGCACUUUAUUCCCUUCCCUCUCACUGAUCAUGAAGCAGCAUCUCCUUCAGGAGUGAGGCAGGGUCACUCUGAGGAAGUCCCUGUAAGUGACCAAUGCAGUGGCCAGUCCCCUCCCUGGAGGCGACACUCAACUUCCUUCUCCACUCAAGAAGACAGAGGUCAUCUGUAGGCCAGGACCCCUACCUCCAGGCUCGCUGCCAUGGACAGUUGUGCCUCUCAAGUGGAGCAUCCUUGGGACUACAUUUUAGACAGAAGAAUAUGUACAUGAAUUGGGUUUGUUUGUUUGUUUUUCUAGAGUCUUUAUAUUUUAAAGUUGGGUUCUUUCCUUUCUGUUUGUUAGGUAGUUUCCAUCCCCUGUGUUGGGAAAGCAGCCCCCAAGUGUCAGAAGAGCCAGCUUAAUAUUUCUUUCCUUCAGGAUCAUCCUUUUGUACUUGAUCUGGAAGUUUUUGUGGGGAAACUUCCAUACUUCACCAGAAAUCCUACAUGAUGAGAAAGCACCAGUUUCCUGACGCCGGAUUUGCUUAGUUAAGUCCACAGUAGGUGUCCUGUUGAGGUUGGAGACAUGUUUGUUUCUGCUAAGAAGCUUUCCCAGACUGAACUCCAGCAGCAAAGGUCCCUCUUCCCCAGUCAGCUUUGUUGCCAGCACUACUUGAAAAUGUGGCCACUCUCAGAACUCCAAACAUCAGGAAAAUAACUGAAAAAGACAACUAGGGCAAAUCCCAGGAGGGAGCCUUGCUCUCCCACACAAGGCCGCCACCCACAUCUCCAGCACACACCAUAGAGAGCUCCAGCUUGGAUGGCUGUCACUCUGACAUCACAACAGUGCCCACAGCACCUGGAGGCGGUCCACCUCAUGUCUUCCUCAAUGGCUUCCUGCCUGUCACUCACUCAGCACAAAGGGGCCUUGGGCAAGAGUGCAGGCUGCUCAUAGGUGAGUCCAUGUGGCCUCUAGUCCCCUGAAAGCAGCAAGAAGUGAGAGAAAGCAAUAACUCACCAAAGCUCAACUCCCAUCCUGUGCCAGCCUCCCAGGAUCUCCCUUAUCUGUAUCCCUCAUCUUGCCCAGACAGCAGGGCACCAGGGCUGCUAAGAAACCAGCCUCUGGACCUCUGGCAGCAAGCAGCUCAGGCACCAGCUUCUCUGUGUAUCGUGGCUUCUUCUCAACCACCUGCCUUGCCUCUUGCCAUGUGUCUCUACCACGUGUUCUUCCAGGGAAAUCACGGUCUCGAGCCUAUGUAGGCAACUAAGUGACUUCCAAGUGACAGUUGCUAGAAUUCAAAGGCCAGAAAAGGGUUGAGUUUAUCCCCUUCUAGCUCCUUGUCUGGUUUGUUUUUUGCAGUCUCACCUGCUUCUCUUCCACAUCCAAUAGAUACAUCAGCAGAAGCCAGCUGCCUUGAUCAAGACCUCAUGAGGGUAGUGACGCAAUAUCCAGCCAUGUUUCUGGCAGCUGGCUUAUGUUCUCUUUGAUGCCUGGGGUCCUGAGUGCUUUGUUUGAGGACCAGUGUCUAAGGGAGAGGCUGUGUGGCCAGUCCCUGAUACCUGCUCCAAGUCCAACUUACCUUCACCCUCCCUGGUGUCUUAGUCACCUGUCUUCCAUGCCUUGGUGUUAGUACACAUCCUCUUUCCAAAGCCUCUCUACAUCUGUGCAGCCUUUGCGUGCCAAACUUGUAAGUUACCUUUCACCUUUCACCUUUCCCAGGGUGCCCGCUACCAAGUCACCUGGCAGCGACCUCUUGUUAAUGAGACAUAUAGUUGAGAGUAGUAUCACACUGGUUGUGCUGGCCUUCUUAAACAUGGAAGCCACAGACAGAGUACUGCAGGAAUCACUAGGGAAAUAGUGUCAAGGUAUAGCACUUCUAAACUUCUUUUCAAGGACCUCAAAUGGCAAUGGUAAAAAACACUGGGCCAACGCUGCAGCAACCGGAGGCAAGGCAAUCAACCCGACAGGGAUGAGCAGAGAAGCUGCCAGUGAGGCAGGGACCAGGGGAUAACCAAGCAGAGGAAGUUCAGGAGGCCAAGUGCUGGCAGUGUCCUGCCCUUCCCGUGGCAGCCUCAGAGGAAGGCUAAGCAGUUCAGUUCCUGUUUCGGUGCACAGAUAACUGAAGCUGCUAGAACACCUUCAGAAAAGGAAGCCACAACAGGAAAGCUUGCUUGUAGGCAAGCCUGCUGCGUGGUCUGACCAAGUGAGAAUGGGAGCAGGACACCCAGGCCUCAGACACUCUGGCCUAGCUUCAUGAGAAGACAGCCGCAGCCCAACUCCCUGGCACCAAGCUGCCAUCCCUAAACCCAGUCCUGUGCUCCCGGUGGGUCGAUGCUUCUCAGGCACUGGCCCUUUCUGUUGGGCCCCUCCCUCCCUGGGGAACAUCAGAAGGUAUGUAAUCCUACUCUCCACCCAUCCCUGCACCUGUUUGGGCUGGAUAAGUUCUUCGUUCUGCUCUUUAUUAAGUCAAAUAUUAUGAAAUAUCUAAUUAUUAGCACCCAAGACAAAUAGGAAAAAAGGUUUAGAUGUUUUUGUGUUUUGAGACUAGAAUCACCUGCACCUGGAGGACAGGGCUGGUAAAUGGGUUUGGCCACAAAACGGAAAGCAAGCAAAACCAGACCUCGUUAAGGGGAGUAUCACACCGGUCAUGACUACUUCCCAGAGCCAAACGAGAAGUCCCUGAACUGGAAGUGCCAUUCAAAGAAUCCCAUGACCAUCACACACCCAGGCUGUGGGUGCCACAUGGGUUGAGGGAGGCCCACACUUCAACUCCUCCUUGUCCCGAAGGACACCACCUCACUCUAAUGUAUUGUGUGUGUUUUGGAGAAGCAGUCAGUACGCUGUGUUGUGUCCAGUGAGGGCCGCUUCCCUACCUCUGUCCUUCCUGCAACCCGACCAUGCGUGCUUCUCCUCUAAGAGCCGCAUGACUGUACAUGUCGAUGGGGGCGGUACCCGUUCACAGCACAAGUUCAUGUUGCGCUCUGAACUGUCAAUUCACAGCUGCGUGUCUGCAUGGUGUCGCAUCUGUUGUACCUUUGGGGAAAAUUUGUAUGUAAAUGUACAGAAAUAAAAAAUGUUGCCCCAUGAACAGAUUUCCUCUGGAAUGUCUUCCCUACCUCACCUGAUGGUAUCCACAAAGGGCAUCUCACUACCACUGAGGACGAGUAACAAAUCCUCCAUGCUGAGCAGACCUCCCUGGGUCACUCCUUUCAAGGCUUCUCCUGUAAGCGGCCUUCACUUGCCCGGGGGCCUUGUGGCAUCUCAUUCUGCUUUACGAAUCCUAGUCAUAAAAGGUAGUCAGAGGCUGAGAUCGGAUUAAGCCUAAAUGUUUAUGUAGUGUCGUUCUCAAACCAUCUGAGAACUCGGCACAUUUAAGAGAAAUUUUUUUUUCUCAUUUAUGUUCUGCUAAUCCGUGGCCUGAGGAUUCCUAGAGAGGUCAAGGAAUGACUAUCUACACUGUGAUUCUGUGAGGAAAGACUGAUAACCCAAAACUCUCUUCUCUAAUGUAGUAUUUUUUAACAAGAAAACAAUAUUUCUUUAAUAAAGCAUUUAUACCAAA